AUGAUUGGACAUUCAUUAUUAGUAUUAUUAGUAGCACUAUUUGCUAUUGUUGUUGUGACUAGUUCUACAUCCACCUCAUGGAUAACAAUUGAAACAUUCAACGAACCAGACUGUGAUUUGGAUAGUUCAAGUAUCGGUGGUAUUGUUUUGCAAUCGGGUACAUGUGUCAACGGACAACAAGUAUCUUGCAACAAAAAUGUCGUAACAGUUCAACAAUACAAGGAUCAAACAUGUCAAGGCAGUGUCGGAAACACAACUGAAUUCACGUCGGGCCAAUGCAACACACUCUCUACAAAAAAUGGUUUCUACAAGACUUUUACUUGCUCGGCCACCACACCAUCGUACCCAGCUCGUUCAUUGGCCAUCUCUACCUAUAGCUCGUGCAAGGCCAACAAACAACUCGAGCUCUUCCGUUGGAUCCCAUCGUACAAGUGUAUGGCUAUCUUUAGAGCUGCCUUUCCCAGUACAAGUGACUCGGCUUCUUCAGUCCCAUCGUUUGCCUCUUCCCUCUCUACAGGUACAGGUUCGUCGGGUUCGGGUGCUAGUUCUGGGUCUUCUGGACCGUCACUUGUAAAUACACCAUCAUCACAACACCAUGACAGCAAGAUUUCAACAAUCGAUAUCCUUGACAAAUACUUUGAAUUCUUGGAUGACAUUAUUUUCCCAGCUUGGUCUGCCACCCGGGAUGUAGAUGAUGAUGACUUUUUCGGUGCAUCCCAUCGUAUUGGUUCGGGUGCUGGUGGUGUCCAAACUGGUACUGGAUUUGGUACUGGCACUGGAUCAACGGCCGGUAGCGUCGGAAUCAACAGUGUCAUCUUUGGUAUUGUUCUCUGCAAUCAAACCCACAAUUCAUAUGCAACUUUUCCAAACGGAGACAUAAAUUCGGGUACAGGUGCUGCUAUCCUUUCAACAGGCAAGUAUUCAUCCGGUGAUCCAUAUGGUUCACAAAUGAUCGUUCCAACCAGUAGCUCUGGCUCUGGUUCCGGUUCAUCUGGAGGAUCAGGUUCAUCUGACCAAAAUGGUUGUUCUAUCAUGUCCAACGCUGCUGGUAAAGGCAAGAAUGUUCAACAAUGCUACCAAAACCAAUUGAUUGCUGUCACUUGUACUCCUCCUUAUAGUCAUGCUUAA